AAAAGAAGACAUCAAGCACACAGUGAAAACUGUAUAUAGUGUGUCCGGGCAAGUGUUUGAUUUAAUUCGAAAAAUAUCGGUAAAGUUGACUCAGAAUUAUACAGCAAUUACAUGCAAAGACGUCUUUGACAAGAAAUAUCAAUUAAAAGUUCAUUUCAUUUAAUGCAAUAAGUUUUCAUUUCGGCAUUGAAAGGGGGACGUCUACGAAAAGUAGCUGAAUACAGAGCAGUGGCAGUAGCAGCAGUCGACAGUGUCGUAAAUGAAGUGAAAUUACCAUGCACAACGCUGACAGAGAAAUUAUUCGCCACUUUGGCAUCGGCAUCAUCGUUGUCGUCGAUCUUCAGAAGAGUUUAAUCCGCCUUGGCCUUAUUUCACUUGUCUUUUUUACACUGCGGUCGCCAUCGUCGUCAUCAGUCGUUGAGUGUGCGUUCCCAUUCAUUUCGCCGGUUAAACAUGAAGAUGUGCCAAACAAAUUGGAUAAUCGACAGAAUCGAUUACAAGUGAAUAUUGGACCGUGCAAGUGGAUUUUUAGCGAAAAGUGUCCAAAUCCAGAUAUCAAAUUUUAUUUGUAUACACGAAAAAACCCACAAGAUCGCCAAUUGAUACAUGUCGAUGAAACAUGGGAAAAAUCCAAUCUGUCCGAUUCGAAUUUCAAUCCAAGCGAACCGACCAAAAUCAUUUUACACGGCUACAAUUCGGAUAUGUUUUUGACGCCACUCAUUCAAAUGAAAGCGGAAUAUUUCGAAAGAGGUAAUUACAAUUUGUUCUUCGUUGAUUGGUCCGAAUUGGCACGGGCGCCUUGUUAUCCAAGUGCUGCACAUAAUACAAAAUAUGCUGGUGAAUGCAUCGGUCAAUUAGUCAAUCGGAUUCAUGACGCUGGUUCGAGUGGUGAAAAUAUACAUAUAAUAGGUUUUUCGCUGGGUGCUCAUGUAGCUGCAUUUGCCGCCAAUCAUGCCAAAAAUUUUAAGAUACGACGCAUCACCGCUCUUGAUCCAGCGCUACCUCUGUUCAUAACUGCUGCACCAGCCGAUAAACUUGAUCCGACUGAUGCUGAAUUCGUCGAUGUUUAUCAUUCAAAUGCGUUUGUACAAGGUCAGAUUGAGCGUUGCGGAACGGUUGAUUUCUACAUGAACGGUGGUAUAUUGCAACCGGGAUGCUUUUCCUUUGGAUCAAAUCCAUUUGCAUGUAGUCAUCAUCGUGCCGCCGAAUAUUUUACCGAAUCAAUAUUGAGUGAUCGUGGAUUUUGGGGUUGGAGUUGCAAUAGCUACUAUUCAUAUUUGCUGGGCAUGUGUCCGCGUUCGAAUGAAUUGCAUUUGGCUGGUGAAGAUUGCCGUGAUACGACAAAGGGAAUGUUUUUAAUCACAACAAACAGUGAAUCACCGUUUGCAUCGGGCCAAUGGACAUUACAGCAAACUACAAAAUAUCCAUCGAAUAGCCGACGGGAUCCGUUCUUAGAACGCAUCGAUGAGUAUGGUAAACUCGAGAGUGCUUUCAAUUUUGCCAACAGUUACCACAAAUUAUCAACAUCACCUCCACAACCAUCACCAUUCGUGUCGGUGCCGUUUCUAUCGACCGGCAACUUUCGUCCGUAUGAGCCGCUAACGAAUCAAAUAAAUCAAAACGAGUUUGAGACCACGAUGAAUCACAACAUGGAUGGUGCUGGUGGUGGUGCUGGUGAUAAAUCGCGAUUCGACCUGUACAAUGACGGCGGUGAUCUCAAGUUGAGUUCAACAACUGAACGAUGGCGACAAAAUGAUAAAUUCAUACUGGUUGAAAAUCCGCUGGUAUCGGCCCUUAAUCGUACAAUGUCGGAGGCGAUAUUCCAUCAACACCAGCUACAGCAGCAGCAGCAGCAGUCAGGUUCAAGCGAUGAAUUUCAAUUUCCAAAGGUCACGUAUCGCUAAAGUAAUCAAGAUUUAAUGCGCGCGCGGCGAUGAACGCGCCAGUUGCCGAGCAAUGACAAACCAUACCACAUACCGUUCAUAUCACGGGCGAACGAUCUAUUUAAAGUGUAAAAAAAAUACGCAGAGAAGAAAAAUUAUUCUAUUUAUAUUAUUUAUUAAUCAUUUCAUAGAUGUAGAGCUUUCAUAGUAAAAAAAAACACACAGACACACACACAACGAUGAAAUAAUUCCAUGAAUGUGAUGGAUACGAGAGGGAAAAAACAAACUCGCAGAC